GGCAGCAGAUGGCGCUGUUGUCCCUAGUCUCAGUUCAGACAGCGAGAGGAAGAGCAGGAGCGUGAUGUGUUUAUGUCAGUUUGUGAAGAUCUCGUCUGAUGAUCUUUGUUCUGUUCUUGAUCGAAACUCUCUCAUUUCUCAGCGAUGGAGCAGAAGAAGACGGUUAUCGUGACAGGUUUUGAGCCGUUCGGGGAGCAUGCUGUCAAUGCCAGCUGGGUGGCAGUACAGGAGCUGGAGAAACUGGGUCUGGGUCACGAUGUAAAGCUUCAAGUCGCAGAAGUUCCUGUGGAGUAUCAGGCGGUCCAGACUCUCCUGCCUGCUCUAUGGAAACAGCAUCUUCCUCAACUAGUGGUCCACGUGGGAGUGUCUGGGAUGGCCACUACAGUAACGCUCGAGCAGUGUGGGCAUAAUCAGGGUUACAUGUGUCUCGACAACUGCAGUUUCUGUCCUGAAUCCCGCUGCUGUCUGGAAGGAGGACCGGACUGCAUUCACUCUGUCAUCGACAUGGACACGGUCUGUAAGAGAGUCGACUCGGCCGGGCUCUGUGUCUCUGUGUCUGUAUCAAAGGAUGCUGGAAGGUAUCUGUGUGAUUACACCUACUACACGUCUCUGUUUCUGGGCGAGGGCAGGUCUGCGUUUGUGCAUGUUCCUCCUCUUGGGAAGCCCUACAGCGCGGAGCAGCUCGCUCGAGCCCUCAGGGCCCUCAUCCUGGAGAUGCUCGAACUGAUGGAGCACAACAAGGGAAAGAAACACUGCCUGCACGACCAAUGAAAGCACAAGCUGAGUCUCAUACGCAGUUAUGUAGCCUCGCCUUGGACUCGAGAGUUCAUGCACAUUUGAAGACAUCCGUGUCUUAAUUUGUGUGCUGCAUACUAGGGUCAGUCAGCUGGUUUGAGAUGAACUCAAUCCUACGGCUGCGUUCAAAGAGUCAAGAAAGCACUUUAAUGGGGUACACUUGAAACAUGCAGAGAUUUGGUAUUAUGCACAAAAAUGACUUGGAAAUGUUGUUUUAAUGUGAAGACACUACGUAUACAUGUAGAUCUUUGAACCAUAAUUCAAAAAUGACUUUUUGAAAUAGUUGAGGCAAAACUAGCGUAUUUCUCUUGCCGUCUUAUUUCAUUGUUCACCAGAUUAAAUAUUAAGCCAAUUAAACCAGGGUUAAUAUAAUUAAUCACAAUCAGAAUAAUUCAAAUUUUAAACAAUUAAAAAUUGUUACUUGAAGUGAUGCACAGCAACAUUUUAAUUUUAAUUUAGGUGAACUUAAUGCACUAAAAUAACUAAAAAUUAAU